AUGGCUGUGCGAAGAGCAAUUCUUGCCCCAACAAACGGAGCCGUCAGUGUUAUCAACAAGGAACUUUUACAGAACUUACCCGGAAACUUCAAUUUACAAAAUAGACACGACAUGCAUAUUGACGAGGCUGUCAACUAUACGACAGAGGUUUCUCAACAAAUUAGAGCCACUGGAGUACCCUCCCACAUAUUGGACUUGAAGGUUGGAGCACCGAUAAUUCUCCUCAGGAAUCUGGAUCCGCCUGCACUUUGCAAUGGAACAAGACUUUCUAUCAAGAAACUGAUGCCAAAUAUUAUAGAAGCCACCAUCAUGACCGGACAGCUGCAGGCGAAGAUGUGUUUUAUUCAAGAAUUCCUAUAA